CUCUCAACUAUGGCAAAUAGAAUGCCAGAUCCUCUCAUGGUUGGCAGAGUGAUUGGGGAUGUAAUGGAUUAUUUCAGCCCAGCAGUUAAGAUGACCGUCACCUACAACUCCAACAGGCAGGUCUACAAUGGCCACGAGCUCUUUCCUUCCGCAGUCACCACUAAACCCAGAGUUGAGGUUCAGGGUGGUGAUAUGAGGUCCUUCUUCACCCUGAUCCUGACAGACCCAGAUGUUCCUGGUCCUAGCGAUCCAUACCUAAGGGAGCACAUACACUGGAUAGUCACAGACAUUCCAGGCACUACAGAUUCCACAUUUGGAAAUGAGUUGGUGAGCUAUGAGAUUCCAAGGCCAAAUAUAGGGAUCCACAGGUUUGUGUUCAUACUGUUCAGGCAAAAACGCAGGCAGACGGUGGUGGCACCUUCUUCAAGGGAUCACUUCAACACUCGAAUUUUCGCAGAAGAAAAUGAGCUAGGCCUUCCUGUUGCUGCCGUCUACUUCAAUGCUCAAAGGGAGACUGCUGCCAGACGACGCUAG